CUAUUGUUUAAAAGCUAAAGUUGAAGAAGGGUCAGAUUUGGGGUUUCUCUCAGUUGCUAUCGAAGAAGGAACUAGGGUUUUGCCAUACCUGCUUUUUCUCUUAGGUUUUUAUCAAUCAAAUCAAACAUGAGUCGUCAUCCCGAGGUCAAGUGGGCUCAGAGAGUAGACAAGGUCUAUAUCACGGUGCAAUUGGCUGAUUCCAAAAAUGCUAAAGUGGAUCUUACUCCAGAUGGUGUUUUUACCUUCUCUGGCAGUGCUGGUGCUGAAGACCAUCAAUAUGAGCUCAAACUGGAGCUCUUUGACAAGGUUAAUGUAGAGGAGAGCAAAAUUAAUGUAGGAGUGCGAAGCAUAUUCUGUGUCGUGCAGAAGGCAGAGAGUGGAUGGUGGAAAAGGUUGCUGCGCGGAGAAGGCAAGCCUCCACAUUAUGUGAAAGUAGAUUGGGAUAAAUGGGUGGAUGAGGAUGAAGAUGAUGUUAUUGGUGAACCGGAUAUGGGAGGGAUGGAUUUCUCGAAAUUUGGUGGGAUGGGUGACGAUGCAAUGGGAGGAAUGGGAGGGAUGGGAGGAAUGGGAGGGAUGGGAGGGAUGGAUUUCUCUAAAUUUGGUGGGAUGGGCGACGAUGCAAUGGAUGAUAUUGAUGAGAAUGAGAGUGAUGAUGAAGAGCAAGAAGUGUCAAAUCCUGGAGAACAAGAUGCUGGCAAGAGCGUUGGUGAGGCAUCGACCGAGAAAGAAGCUGCUUCUAGCACAUAAUGCACUCGCAGUUCAAGAUGCUGCCCUUGAAGAUGCUUAUAAAAAUUGUCGAGUGAAUUUUUCACGCUCUACCAUUGAUUGGUAGUUUUUUAAAUGGAGACGUUAGUGUCUCUCGUGUGUUGGCUAAACAUUUAGCACAAAGCUCGUUCUAGUUGAAUUAGGAUAUUGUAUAAUUGAGAUGUUUAAUUUAUGCAUGAAUUGCGGUAUCUGGAUUUCUAUA